GUUAAUAAAUGGCUACUUCUCUAGCAGAACAGCUUCAGCGUUUAGCUGUACCACAAACAUCUAUUCUAACUCGGGAUAAAAAGCGACCUUCCUUACUAUUUGAUCAAAAGGAAGCUGCCACGCUUAGCAGAGAAACAAUAUAUCAAAUAGGAUUAGAAGGCUUAGAAGAGUUAGUGCAAAAGAAUGAAACAUUUGCUGAAUUUGAACAUACAUUAUUUCACCUGACAUCAAAACAAUUUGAAAGAUCUGUUCAAACUGCAGAAGCCAAUGAAAAACUUAAUAAGUCUUUAAAAAAGUUUCUAUUAUUGUCAGCUCCGUACUUCAUGUUAAACUCUUGUCACAAAACAUUAGAAUGGUUAAUUAACAGGUUUUCUAUUCAUGAAUAUAACAGAGAUGAUUUGUUGUUGUUGAGUUUGCCUUACCAUGAAUCAAACAUAUUCGUUAGAGUUAUCCAACUGUUUAAGUUUAAGGACACUAGAGACAGUUUUUACUUUUUAAAACAACUUCAAAAGCCUGGUGCACAUUUACCCAAACAAAGUUUGUUGAAUCAUGCCGCCUCAAACAGUGGAUUUCUUAAAGUGAUUUCUAAAUAUAUAAAAGAUUUAUUAAAGCAUCAUGAAAAGCCAGAAAUUUUGACUGUGGCUUUUAACUUUUAUUGCACAAUAUUUACAGGGACCAUUGAGUUAUCUGAUAAAAUAACUGAAGAUCAAGUGUCUCAGAUGCUACCAAUGUUAUUGAAGGGAUUAAACUCUACAGUAGCAGAUUUCUGUGCUGGUAGCUAUGUUAUUACAGCUAGAUUAGUAUCUAAAACCAGCUUCUCAGAUAAACUUCUAGAUAAAUUUGUAGAAAAGAUUUCAGAAGUUCCUGUCCCUACUUUAAAAACUGAGGCAAUUUUAGUUCUUUUGGUUAUUUACCAAUCACAGAGCCAGUACAAAUCAAUUCCUCAAGUUGCUACUGCUAAUCUAUCAGAAAAACUUUGGCUGCCUAAAACUUUGUAUAAUUUGCAAUCCUCUGGCAGUUUUGUUUAUCCUUUUUUAGAAAUUAUUCUGAAAAAUUUUGCAUAUGAAGGAGUUAACAAUGAUUUUAAAUUGGCUAGAGAAAUGAUUAAGGCCUGUUUGGAUUACAUUAAAGUAAAGGACACAUUUGUAGCAACUGUUUUAAGUUGUAUCCUGGAUGCUGUUCCUGCUAAAAUGGACAUUUCCUCAGAAGCUAAAAAAUGGCUGACAGAAAUAUUUGAGUCAAUAGAAAACCAAUAUCCUUCUCCUUUUGAUAAGGAGAUAUAUAAAAUUUUAUCAGUAUCUACAAAUAAGACAUCAAUAAAAAGACGAAAAUGUCUUUCAAAAAUUUUAAAAAAUACCACUACUUAUCAAGGAAAAUUUGAUAUUUUUAACAAACUUUAUCAUCCUAAUCCAGCUAUAAGAACUGAAGCAUUAACAUUUUUAUUAGAUGAUUAUGAUUCCCUCAGAGAUAAUGACAAAGAAAUAAUAAAUAAUUCCUUUGUAGACAGACUAAGAGAUGAUGAUGUAACAGUAGUCAAAAACACACUUAAGGUGAUUAAAAAAACUGGAAUAAUGGAUAGAGAGAAUUUAAAAUCUUCACUUAUCCAUCUUGCAGAAAAAUAUCAGAAGGACAAAGAUAAUUGGGAUAAAGUUUGUAGUAUCGUAUUAGAAAUGUUGACUUCAUUAUAUCCACCAAAUGACUGGGAAGUAUUUUUAACUGUGUUUCCAUUUUUGUUACCUACAGAUUCCAAAGAUCUGGGAAAAGCUAAAGAAGUUCUAAAUUCACCUUUUUUAGUUGGUCAUGAUUUGUUUAAGAAUCAAAUACUCAACCUGAAAACUAUAUCUGACAGAAAAACUUUUGUUAAAGUGGUCAUUGAAGCAUUGGAUAAAAACACAGAUGUUGAAAAUGUUAAGUCUUUUAUAGAAAUGUUAAAGAAAAUACCUGAUGAAUCUUGGAAUAGUUUUAAAAGAUAUGUAUCAUUUUUGAUAGUUACUCAUCUUCUACCUAAAAACUCAAGUUUAAAAACUGGUAAUAUUAUUUUGGAUAUUUUGUUAAGCUUUUAUAAGGGUUCGGAAGUUAAAUUUGAACAAACUAGCACAAUAGAUGUUUAUAUAAAGCAAGCGCUUCUAGGAAACUUUCCCAUUCGAGGUUUCUUGAAAUGUUUAGAAAAUCUCACAAAAAAGAUAGAGAAACCAAAACUUACAGUACAGGAUUUUUCACUUGAUCAUACUGAAAAUAAAUUUAUUGUAAUGAUUACAAUUAUAUUGGUAGACAAUAACGAAGACUUCCUAAAAACAUUGUUACAUAGAUAUUGUCAAAAUUUGGAGGAAGAAAUAGAGUUCCUGCUAAAUUUAUGCAUCAAUAAAAAAUUGAAUUUAGAAGAUGAUUUCAGACAGAAUGUUCUUCGUUACAUACAGCGUAGUUUAAAAGACAAUGAAAACGCGAAACCUUUAAUAUUUCUUGAUAAAAGGAUUAGUGCUUUUUUAAUAGUUUUAUUAUCAGAUCCUAAUGCCGAGAUUCGAGAAGGAGUUAUCGACAUUAUGAACACCUUAAUUAAUGUAUCUAGUAAAAAAACUGUUUCAUAUUACCACCUUCUAAAUUAUAUUGUUAAAAAUAAGGAAGAAGUUAUUAUUGAUAAUGAACAACUACCAUCAAUUAUGUUCAAUCAUCUAGAUUAUUCUAACACAAAAAAAAAGACUUGUACAAAUGAUCUAAAUAUGAUAAGGAACCGUCUACUAAAAUUGUGUUACGACAAUGUUACUCCAUGCUAUCUUAAAGCAGGUAUUUUAAAAGUAUUAUCCUUAAUUACCUCCUUUGACAUAUUAGAAGAUUUAUCAGAUAUGGCUGUAGAGAUUCUAAAAAAUAGUGGUAUUGAAGGAAUACGAUCUUUCAACGCAAAAAUAAUUGGAUUUGUUGUGUCGAGAAUUGAAUCGAAGGUGAUAAAGAAACUCAAAUUAGAUUCUAGUACAUGGAAGUUAAUUGACACAUUUAUAAAAGAUGACAAAACAAAAUUAUACAAUGAGGACGAAGCCCAAAUAUCCCCUUCACUGCUUGUACUAAAUCAGUUAGACAAAGAAUUCUUUUCUGAACUGGAUAAUGAGAUCGUUGUAAAGAAACUAAUAGAUCUUAUAAUCGAAAUAUCCACUACCGCGCGUGAUCCUGAAGUACUGCCGGCUGCCAGUAAGAUUUUCAAACAUAUUGAUCUGAAUGCAGAUUGGAUUAAAGAGCAACUAGUUGCUAUGAGGGAGGUCCAGUCUCCUAAACUUGACGAAAGUAAGCGUAAGAGGAGGAUCGGUGUUGUACCGACAGCAGAUAUAUUGGAUACUCUAGAGUGGAGAAAAGGUAUUACGAUAUUGGAAUUUAUUCAAGAUAAAAAGAAAAUAAGAAAUUCUGAGAUGAUAGUGCCAAUAUUUUUCGAUCUUCUUAAACGUUGUCUAGAUUUUGAUGAGCAAAGCGCUGUGGAAUAUCCAAAACAACUUUUACUUUCUAUCAUUCUGCAUUGCUGUACAAAAAUCGAAGCAAAGAUACCCGAAAACGUUUUUAAUGUGGAACUCAUUGUUCAGUGUAUAAGAGCCUCCCAGAACCCUCAAACACAUCAUCAUGCAUUGCUGGUAUUAGCGCACACUGCACAUAAUAUUCCCAAUCAAGUUUUGCAUAAUAUUAUGGCUAUAUUCACAUUUAUAGGAUCAUCAGUGCUGAGACAUGACGAUGCUUAUAGUUUUCAGAUUAUUUCAAAAAUUGUUGAUACAAUUAUUCCCAUAAUAGUCUCUAGUGAUGAAGAAGAAAAUAAGAUUCAGAACAUUUCCAAUGUUCUUCGAGUCUUUGUAGAUGUAAUUCUUGACGUACCAGAGCACAGAAGAAUACCACUUUAUAAACAACUUCUGGAGCAGAUAGAAGUUAAGAAUCACCUGUAUCUAUUUUUACUAUUAAUUUUUGAAGCUCAAGUUACACAUGGUGCUCACGACAAACAGAGAAAAGAAAAUUCUCAGAAAAGAUUAGAUAUAGCUGCAGAAUUAUGUAGGGAAUUUUCCCCAGAGAUUGUCAUUGCCAAUGGCAUCUCCCUAGUAAAAUAUUUGAGUAAAUUACCAGAUGAAAAAGAGGAAAAUAUGGAAAUAGAUAGUGAUGUAGCGACUAUCUUCAACAUCGCUUCUCAUACGCCUAAAGACUUUAGACAUUACAAAUAUGUGUUGGUAAAAUCCACUGGUAAUCUAUUAGGUUCUCCAGAGUUUGUAAAUCAAGUUGCUUCCCUUAGCGAUGAAGAUGAACUUACCCUGGAACCUUUGUUUAAAGAGAUGAUCGUCAACACGCUCCAAUAUAUACAAAGAAUAUCUAAAGUUUCCGAUAAAGCUUCGAAUACACCACAAGCGCAUUACUGGAAAGUUUUGUUACAUUUGAGUUACGAUAUUUUGGACAGUGUUAACGCUCUUCUGACUCCACAGAUGUUUCUACUGGUAACUAAAGGCCUGAUGAUACACACAUUAUCGACUGUUAGGAGAAGAGUUUUGGAAUUGUUAAAUAAUAAAUUACAGCAUAAUUCACAAUUUUUUGAAGAAUGUAGUAAAAAUGAGUUAUAUUCGUUGAUUAGGCCCAUUAUAACAAUAAUACAAGGUCUAGAUGAAGAAGUCGACGCCGAGCAGGAAACAAUAAUACAAACAGCUUUAUUGUCUUUAAAACUACUGGUUAAACUUCUCGCACGGCAAGAACCUGAAAAAUUUGUUCAAAUCCUAGACUUCAUUACAGGAGUGUUAAAAUCCGGUAAAGCUCAAAACAACGUGCUUGCCUCAGUAGUUCUUUGUCUGGCUGAGCUAUGUAUUCAUCUCAAAGGUCACGCUAUUGCAAGUUUGCCAGAUUUCAUGCCUAUACUUAUUAAAAUUUUGAAACAACAGAAACACGAAGAAGUAUCUAGCGUUUUAUUAAAAAGUUUGAUUACGACUAUUGAAAAGAUUUUGUACAGCAUGCCUUUGUUUUUAAGUCCUUAUUUAGAGAAACUGUUAAUUGAAGUCUCCCAGUUGAUGUCCAAGUGGAAUCUAAAUAAAGACGAACAAAAGGUGCAACAACUAUCCACUAAACUAAAUAGCAUAAAACAAAAAAUAGGAACGACAAUACCCCUCAGAGUUCUUCUGCUGCCAAUAGAAAACUGUUAUAAUACACUAGUGGGCAGAAACUGUUUCCAUGCCACCAGCUCACUGCUAAAUAUCUUGGCAGAGAGUAUAACAAAUACUAACGGACUUGAUGUAAACAGCAAUUUAAACGAACUUACAAAUUUCUUUCUUAAUAUCCUUAAGUUCCGCACAGAACAGGAAUGUACACUAGAAGAUGCUAACAUGGUUGAAAGCCAUAUUGUUAAAGCUCUUACGGUUCUUAUUUUAAAACUUUCGGAAAAUACCUUCCGGCCGCUAUAUUACAAACUUUACGACUGGGCUGCGAGGAGUGACGUUAAAACAGAAAGACUGAUUACUUUUUAUAACCUUUCUAGCAAGAUAGCACAAUCACUUAAAGGACUUUUUGUAUUGUUUGCUGGCCAUUUUAUUAACAACGUAGCAGCCAUGUUAGAUGCUUGCAACAAGGUCAAAACUGAAGAACUUUACUUUGAUGAUCAAGAAAAAAAUAUAUUAUUGUUGCAGAAUAUACUAUCAACGUUAGAUGCGGUAUUUUUGUAUGACAACCAUAAAUUCGUAAACAGAGAUAGAUUCGAUAUUCUAAUGCAGCCGUUAGUAGAUCAAUUGGAAAAUCCCCUGGGAGGCUUAGGUGAACUGAUAAAACGAAAUAACACAAUCUUAACACCAUGCUUAGUUAAUUUUUCAGUAGCUGUUGCUGAUGAUGCUCUUUGGAAGCAAAUGAAUUACCAGAUUUUACUGAAAAUGCGACAUAAUUCACCUAAAAUUAGAUUGGCAACAUUGCAUUGUGUUACAGAGAUAGUUAAAAAACUGGGCGAAGAUUUCCUUCCAUUACUACCGGAAACUAUUCCAUUCCUGGCUGAGUUGCUGGAAGACGAAGAAGAGGAUGUAGAAAAGGCUUGUCAAAAGGCAAUACAAGAAAUGGAGAAAGUGUUAGGAGAACCUUUACAGAAGUAUUUUUAAGCUUUACCUAAUCUAUAGGUAUAUUUUGUUUUUUAUAUAUUUUAAUAAAAAUUGUAUAUAAGAGUUCUGUAAUAAAUUUUUCUGUCAUUUUAA